AUGGAUGAUGCUUUUCAAACAGCUGAGAAUGAGGAAUAUAUUCCUUCGAUUGAUCCUGAUGAUUUACUGGAUUUGUGCCCUGAGAAGGUCGAGAACUACGAGCAGAAGUUGAAAAAUUUCUACACGGAGCUCAUACACGCUGAUGAGGAGAUAUGUUACUGUCUGGAAGGGAGUGGAUAUUUUGAUAUGAGGGACAAGGGUGAUUGUUGGAUUCGCAUCUGGAUGAAGGCUAGCGAUAUGAUUGUCCUGCCUGUUGGGAUUUACCACAGGUGUGCGCUCGACACUAGGAACUAUGUCAAAUUAAUGAGAUUAUUUGUUGGACAGCAGGUGUGGACACCUUACAAUCGACCACAAGAAGAUUAUCCAGCAAGGAAGAAGUACAUCAAGAGUGUUACUGAGAGAGUAGGAGUGCCUCUUGCAGCAUACUAA